UAGUGUUUCCGUCGCUCGACUCUCAUUUCGGGUUCUCGUUGGGACGUGGCUGCUGGUGGCCAUGGUCAUGGUCAACAGUUAUUCUGGCACUAUAAUUUCGUGUCUAACAGUUCCAAAAAUGAAACCGGCCAUCAACACAUUCGAAGAUUUAGUCACAAUGGAAGAUGCUAAGCUCAUUUUACUAGCGGACACCGUCAUUGCGCAACAGAUACGAGAAAGUAAAUCCGGAGCAUCGAAGAUUUUGGCAGAUCAGAUUCGAAAUAAUCCGGAUCAAAUAUCAAGCAGUCUAUCAGAUGUUAACAACCGCAUGGAAACUGAACGUUAUGCCUUUCCAUUCCUUCAAACAGUUUCCAACGAUUACGUCGCCAGUGACUUCAAGAAAACGGGAAAAUGUCGGUUCAAAACCACUGACCCAAUCACCAGCUUCCAAUUCUGGUGUUUCACUUUGCAAAAGAACAACAAGUUCACGCCGGUUUUUAAUGUUGCUAUGAUCGAACUCUGGGAAACUGGAUUGCCUCCGUUUUGGGUCAAAAAGGCCAUUUCAUCAGCUCCGAAAUGUUUCGCCAAAGCAAAACCUCGGGCGUCUUCUCGUCAAGUUCCCAUUCGCUUGAAGGACCUGACUGGCGCAUUUUUCGUUUUAGGCAUCGGUUUUUGUCUGUCGUUGUUGGCCUUUCUCACAGAAAAGAUUCUCUAUCUCAGAUCUAGACGUCAACUUCAAGCGCGCCCAUCAGCGUUGAACAGUCUCAAUCAGGCAGUAUAUAAUUGUAUUAUAAUAAAUCCAAACUAAAUUAAGUCUGUUCAAAAUCAGAUAAUGCGAGAAAAGCAAAACUGGAGUAGUUUUUAGUUUAAUACGCUUCAAUAAUAGCUUAAAUCUUUUUUCUUAACCAAUAUGACCCAUCCCUAUACCCAAUAUUGCCCCAAAGGUGACCCAUCCUAUUGUAUCUCUCCUUACCUAGCCUUAUUUCGUCACCUUUUCUGUAUUACGUUGUCUCAUUAGCUCAGUGAAGGUGACCCAUCCUACCUCUUCUGCGUAUUAUGUUGUUUCUCAUUUGCUCAGUGGCCUUGUGAAAGAUUAAAGGUUAGUGUUCUUUUCUUUAACUAUAGCAAUCGCGUUGUUUGUUUUGUCUAAAAAUCUUGUAAUUUCACAAAUUCUGUUCAACGUUAAUUAAAGUAAAAUAAAAGUAACUCGUGCCGA